AGGAGGGCUCCGGGAGGCCGCGGAACAGCGACCGCCGCCAUAUUAAGAAGAGCGCGGAGCCCGGGGUCCCGUCGGCGGCGGCCGCGGCCGGACCAGUGGAGCUGCGGGCGGCAGAGCCCGGCGCGGCACGGCGCCAGGAGAGGCGGGGUCGGCGGAGCCAACGGGCGACCGGAGCGAGCCAGAUCCGCCCUGCGUGACCGCCCCAGACUGAGCCACCUGCGACCCGAGACCUGUCCCCCCGCAGUCGGCGUCCGGGGUCCGCUUGUAAAACAGGGGGUCGAGCUCUGUCCCCUCAAAGCGGAGGUUCGUCCCCGAAAGCUGACCUGAGCCGGCUGACCUUGGCCGGUGGGCCACGCCCGCCCUGCGUCACCAUGGACCAGGACUAUGAGCGGCGCCUCCUCCGGCAGAUCGUCGUUCAGAACGAGAACACAAUGCCCUGCGUCGCGGAGAUGCGGCGAACCCUGACGCCCGCCAACUCCCCCGUGUCCUCCCCCAGCAAGCACGGGGACCGCUUCAUCCCCUCGAGAGCCGGCGCCAAUUGGAGCGUGAACUUCCAUAGGAUCAAUGAGAAUGAGAAGUCUCCCAGCCAAAAUCGGAAAGCCAAGGACGCCACAUCAGACAAUGGCAAAGACGGCCUGGCCUACUCCGCCCUGCUGAAGAACGAGCUGCUGGGAGCCGGCAUCGAGAAGGUGCAGGACCCGCAGACGGAAGACCGCAGGCUGCAGCCGUCCACGCCCGAGAAGAAGGGCCUGUUCACGUAUUCCCUCAGCACCAAGCGCUCCAGCCCCGACGACGGCAACGAUGUGUCUCCCUACUCCUUGUCCCCCGUCAGCAACAAGAGCCAGAAGCUACUGCGGUCGCCGCGGAAACCCACCCGCAAGAUCUCCAAGAUCCCCUUCAAGGUCCUGGACGCGCCAGAGCUGCAGGACGACUUCUACCUGAACCUGGUGGACUGGUCGUCCCUCAACGUGCUCAGCGUGGGGCUGGGGACCUGCGUGUACCUGUGGAGCGCCUGCACCAGCCAGGUGACCCGGCUCUGCGACCUUUCAGUGGAAGGGGACUCAGUGACCUCCGUGGGCUGGUCUGAACGGGGGACCUUGGUGGCCGUUGGCACGCACAAGGGCUUUGUGCAGAUCUGGGAUGCAGCCGCGGGAAAGAAGCUGUCCACGCUGGAAGGCCACACGGCCCGCGUUGGGGCGUUGGCCUGGAACGCUGACCAGCUGUCCUCCGGGAGCCGGGACCGCAUGAUCCUGCAGAGGGACAUCCGGACCCCGCCCCUGCAGUCGGAGCGGCGGCUGCAGGGCCACCGGCAGGAGGUGUGCGGGCUCAAGUGGUCCACGGACCACCAGCUUCUCGCCUCGGGGGGCAACGACAACAAGCUGCUGGUCUGGAACCACUCGAGCCUGAGUCCCGUGCAGCAGUACACGGAGCACCUGGCGGCCGUCAAGGCCAUUGCCUGGUCCCCGCACCAGCACGGGCUGCUGGCGUCCGGCGGUGGCACGGCCGACCGCUGCAUCCGCUUCUGGAACACGCUGACAGGGCAGCCACUGCAGUGCAUCGACACGGGCUCCCAGGUGUGCAACCUUGCCUGGUCCAAGCACGCCAACGAGCUGGUGAGCACACACGGCUACUCGCAGAACCAGAUCCUGGUGUGGAAGUACCCGUCCCUGACCCAGGUGGCAAAGCUGACCGGGCACUCGUACAGGGUCCUGUACCUGGCCAUGUCCCCCGAUGGAGAGGCCAUUGUCACUGGUGCUGGGGAUGAAACCCUGAGGUUCUGGAACGUCUUUAGCAAAACCCGUUCGACAAAGGUAAAGUGGGAGUCCGUGUCCGUGCUCAACCUCUUCACACGGAUCCGGUAAACCCCCGGGCCUCGCUGUCCGCGUCAGAAGAGCACCGUCCCUCCUCGACGUGCACGGACCCUCCCCUCUCGCACACGGUCCCCAGAGGACGCAGCCAGGGGGGCGGGGAGUCGGGCUUGGAGAGACCCCGAAGAUUCUCAUUAAAGCCUGAUUGCGAACCCUGGCGGCCGGUGUUUGGGGCAGGGGCGUGGCCGGGCGCCAGCAGGACAGGGGACCCGGCGGGACCACCUGUUCGGCCGCUCUGCUCGGAGCUCGACAGACGCUUCCUGGGACCCAGCCUGCUUCUGUCCAUCACCGCGUUGUCGUCGUCGGACCUGCAUGCCCUUCCCAGAAGCACGUGCUCGCCGCCGCCGCCCUUGCCUGCAGGACACACGUCCGGACGCCAGGCCGGUCAGCUGGGGCUGCACGGACAGCUGAGGUCGGCCCGAGGGUCAGAGGGACACGUCCAGGCGUCUCUGCAGCCAGCUCUGCGGCGCGGGGCGCAGCGUCCGGGGCAGGCUCUGCGCCCAAGAAGGCCGUCACCAGUGGACUUGCUGUUUGAGGAAGACGAGUCAGGUCCAUUUGUUGUGUUGUGCCCACCCUAGCCCUCCACUGUCUUUGUCACUGAUGGGUCGCAGCCCAGCCUUCUCCCCAGGCAGGACUUAGGCUCUUACAGCUUGCUGGGCAGCCAGUCGGGGGGACCCAAGGGCUGCAUGGACCUUGAGGGCUCAGUCCUCCUCCCCACACCCCCAGGCCACCCCGGGGGUCUUGUCCGUCUGCUACAUUGGCCGUGGGGCAGCCGGGGGAGCAGACACCGCGAGGGCCUCCUGAGGGUCCCCACCCAAUUCCUGGUCCUCUGCUCUGUCCGCAGCUGCCCGUGGGCCCGUCCUCUCCUGCCCAGGGAGGAAAGAGGGCCUGGAUGUGGCCCCAGGACCUGAACAGCAGUCCCCUCCCCCUCCGCAGAUUGGCGGGGGGUGGAGGGGAGGGGGCUGUGUGCCAGGCGGAGCAGGUCUGGGCUGGGGGAGCCGCACAGAUGCCCUCAGGUCCCGGUGGCCUUGCCUCCCUUCCACAGGCUGUGUGUGCACGUGUAUAUAUGUACUCGUGGCUUUUGUUCGGAUUUGCGUGUGUGUUUCUGUAGAUGGGUCCCAGGAUAGUUUAAGGGUGGUGGGGGAGGAGCAGAGCUGAGCCACUCCCGUGGGGAUGUCCGGCUCCCCGUCAGCUGAGCCUGCCUGGCUCAGGGAAGGGACGGGCCAGGGACAGUGUACAUAGAUGUGUGUUUUCGUUGGUCAAGUUCUUAUUUUUGUUUGUUUUUCUAAGAAAACCCUGACUCUGUCAUGCUGUCGCCUUGGGCAGCUGCCCGCCAGAGCCCAGGGGCCGCCUGGGAGCCGGGACGGGUGGGGGGUGCCCGGUGCGGCCUGCGGGACUCGAGGGCGGGGGCCGAGCGCGUCCUGUUUCUUGUCCACUGCAGCAUCGUUGUCAUUAAACUGGUUGUGGGUUCACGCA